AGGCGUGGGGAUCGCCCUGAUAACCCGUUUUCGGAAGACGGAUCGGUCGAUUUCGGCGCAUUGGAAGCGCUGGUUGAACGGGUGACUGCCGGCGGGGCCGAUUACCUGGUCGUGCUCGGAACGACGGCCGAAACGCCUACGCUGACUGCCGACGAGAAAGAGGCGGUCGUCAUGGUGGCUUCGAUCCGCAAAACCGAUUUUACCGGGAUCGAUGCGAUCCUUACGGUCACUCCUUAUUAUAAUAAGCCUUCGCAGGAGGGUAUUUAUCAGCAUUACAAGGCGGUUGCCGCUGCGGCUCCGUGCGGAGUGGUGCUGUACAACGUGCCGGGACGUACCGGCGUCAACAUGAAAGCCGAAACCGUGCUGCGCCUGGCGCACGAUUGUCCGAACGUCGUCGCGGUCAAGGAGGCCAGCGGAUGCCUGUCGCAGGCGGCUUAUAUCCUGCGCGACCGGCCGGAGGGAUUCGCCGUGGUUUCCGGCGACGAUAACCUGACCCUGCCGAUGGUGGCGCUGGGCGGGGACGGGAUCAUCUCCGUCGCAGCUCAGGCUUUCCCUGAGAAAUUUUGCCGGAUGGCGCAUUUGGCUCUCGACGGCCGCGUGAAAGAAGCGGCUUCGCUGCACCUUCAGAUGAUGGAGGCGGUCGAUUCCCUGUUCGAAGAGGGGAAUCCGACCGGUAUCAAAGCUGCGCUGAGUUGUCUGGGCGUGAUCGGCAAUUAUUUGCGCCUGCCGCUGGUGCCUGCCAGCGACCGGUUGGUCUCCAAGAUCGACGGCCUGCUGAAAGCGUACGAACUCCGUUGA